GAAGCAGCUGUCGUCUGCAGAGACUUGGACUGUGGCUCUGCUGUUUCAGCAGGAAUAAAAAAUGAGGCCUUGCGCAAAUCUGCAUGGAAGAUCAGUCCUAGCUGUAUUCAGGCUGGACAUACCCUGAGGGAGUGUGUAACAUCAGGUUCCUCUUCCUCCAUCAUGGAGAUCACCUGCGUAGACUCUGUCAGGCUGGUGAAUGGGACUAAUCUAUGUUCAGGACGACUGGAGGUGAAGUCUGACCAGUCUAACCAGUCGUGGUCCUCAGUGUGUGAAGAUGACUUUGACCAGCAGGAUGCAGAGGUGGUCUGUAGGGAGCUGGGCUGUGGGGCUCCUUCAGUCCUCCAGGGGGCGCUCUAUGGAGAAGUGGAAGCUCCAAUGUGGACCAAAGAGUUCCAGUGUGGAGGUAACGAGUCUGCUCUCCUGGACUGUAGAAGCUCAGGCUCAGAUAGAAACACCUGCUCAUCUGGCAAAGCUGUUGGACUCACCUGCUCAGAUCCUGUCAGGUUGGUGGGAGGAUCCAGUCGCUGUACUGGAACACUGGAGGUGAAACAAAGAGACUGGAGACCAGUGGAUGGCUCUGACUGGACUCUGACGUCAGCAGCUAUAGCCUGUGAAGACUUGGACUGUGGCUAUGCUGUGUCAACAGGAAUAAGAAAUGAGUCCAUGUCCACACCUACAUGGAAUAUCAAUCCUGACUGUAUUCAGGCUGGAUAUACUCUGAGGGAGUGUGUCACAUCAGGUUCCUCCUCUUCCAUCCUGGAGCUCACCUGCUUAGAGCCUGUCAGGUUGGUGGGAGGAUCCAGUCGCUGUGCAGGAACACUGGAGGUGAAACGAGGAGACUGGAGACCAGUGGAUGGCUCUGACUGGACUCUGAAGGAAGCAGCUGUCGUCUGCAGAGACUUGGACUGUGGCUCUGCUGUUUCAGCAGGAAUAAGAAAUGAGGCCUUGCUCAAAUCUGCAUGGAAGAUCAGUCCUAGCUGUAUUCAGGCUGGACAUACCCUGAGGGAGUGUGUAACAUCAGGUUCCUCUUCCUCCAUCAUGGAGAUCACCUGCGUAGACUCUGUCAGGCUGGUGAAUGGGACUAAUCUAUGUUCAGGACGACUGGAGGUGAAGUCUGACCAGUCUAACCAGUCGUGGUCCUCAGUGUGUGAAGAUGACUUUGACCAGCAGGAUGCAGAGGUGGUCUGUAGGGAGCUGGGCUGUGGGGCUCCUUCAGUCCUCCAGGGGGCGCUCUAUGGAGAAGUGGAAGCUCCAAUGUGGACCAAAGAGUUCCAGUGUGGAGGUAAUGAGUCUGCUCUCCUGGACUGUAGAAGCUCAGACUCUGAUAGAAACACCUGCUCAUCUGGCAAAGCUGUUGGACUCACCUGCUCAGAUCCUGUCAGGUUGGUGGGAGGAUCCAGUCGCUGUAGUGGAACACUGGAGGUGAAACAAAGAGACUGGAGACCAGUGGAUGGCUCUGACUGGACUCUGACGUCAGCAGUUGCCUUCUGUAGAAACCUGAACUGUGGCUCUGCUGUUUCAGCAGGAAGGAAAGAGGACUCCUCCAACAGACCUGCAUGGAAGAUCAACUUUGACUGUGUUCACUCUGGAUCUGCUCUGAGAGAGUGUGUGACAUUAUUGUCCUGGUCUUCCUCCACCCUGGAGCUCACCUGUUCAGAUCCAGCAGCUUUUAUCAUCAGACUGGUCAUCCUGCCGCUGAUUCUGCUGUUGUUCAACACUGUCAUCUAUUUCAUCUUUAAGACCACCAGAGGGAAGAAGCCAGGCCAACAGGAGAACAUCGAGGUGGAUUAUUACAACCUCGGUGUUUCCAGAGCUGAAGGAGGAUCGGCUGAAGAGGAAGGAGCCCAGGCAGAAGAGUAGGACCUCCAAAGAGCUCAUCUCACAUCUAAUUAGAUUUCUCACCUGCCAAACAUCAACUCUGAAUGGAACAUUUCUUUUAAAUCCUUGUCAAAUGGCUAAAAGAAUGAAAGCAGGAAGAGAUAAC